AUGUUCGCUUUGAGGCUCGCAUUCGUCCUGGGUGUUCUGCUUCUAACGCUUGAAUAUUUCGUGCCGCUGCUGCUCGACCGCUCACCCUCGGCCCGUGUCGAGUCUGCGCCAAACGUCGCUCGGCCUACGCCAAAGGACGCGAAGCCUCUCUCCUCCAUCUCAUCAGACAUUGCGUCGGACACCGUCCCAAUGAGUGCCGCGUCAUCGGCUUCUUCUAUCCGCAGGAUGGCUCCGCUGGUCAUGCCCGCCGUAGGCCGCCAUACUGCCACCGUCAUCUUCGUCCAUGGCCUGGGCGACACGGGGCACGGCUGGGUCGAGCCCGUCAACUUCUGGAGGACACGUCAGUCGAUGAAUGAGAUCAAGUUCAUUCUGCCGCAUGCGCCCCAUAUUCCCAUCACCAUGAAUGGCGGCAUGCCGAUGCCAGGAUGGUUUGACAUUAAAACUCUGACCAAGGGUGCGGACGAGGAUGGCCCCGGCGUUCUCCAAUCUCGCGAGUACCUGCAUGGCCUCAUCCAGCAGGAGAUCAGGGACGGCAUUCCCGCCGACCGCAUCGUCCUCGGUGGCUUCUCCCAGGGCGGCGCCAUGAGCAUCUUUUCCGGCCUCACGGCCCCAGUCAAGAUUGGCGGCAUCGUCGGCCUCUCGUCGUGGCUUCUGCUCAGCCAGAAAUUCAAGGACCACGUCCCCAGCGGCAAUGUCAACGGGGACACCCCUAUUUUCAUGGGCCACGGCGACCGUGAUCCCCUUGUCCUUUACGAUCUUGCCAAGGAAAGCGAAAAGGCCUUGACCGCCAUGGGCUACAGCGUCACUUUCAAGACAUACAGGGGGAUGCUCCAUCAGGCCUGGCCGGAGGAGCUCAACGACGUCGAGGCGUUCCUCGGCAGCAGACUUCCCCCGAAAGGACAGUGA